UCAUGUGACGCCUGACGCUCCAUCCUGGUUCACGACACCUGCGGCCACUUCCGGUAUAGCAGGGUCUUCCCCAGUCCCAUGUUUCACAUCGGAGCCACAGUUUUCGCCGGAUUUGUGGCUUUCUUAGGAAUCCUGAUAGCCUGGCUUGAGGUGACUCCGAUUGAAAGACAACGAGAAAUUUGCAGAAUGGCUGAGGCAGCUCCAGGAAAGGAAGAGGAGUUCAGAUCAACCAAUCAGACAGCCUUUGUGGUGGGAUAUACUGGGGAAACUGGGAAGGUAUUGGUGGAGGAACUUGUGAACCGGAACAUCUUCCAGAAGGUGGUCCUGAUUGGUCGAAGGGAACUCAACUAUGAAGGGGAGAAGUACAAUAAACUCGAGCAGAAAGUGGUUGACUAUGAGAAGUUGGAAGACCAUGCAGACUUGUUCAAGGGACACAGUGUUGGGUUCUGCUGUCUGGGGACGACCAGGGGAAAGUCAGGAGUGGAGGGGUUUAAGAGAGUAGACCAUGACUAUGUGAUGACGACUGCAAAGCUGGCUAAGGAGGGAGGCUGUGGUCACUUUGUCCUGCAGUCCUCACAAGGAGCAAACAAGAAUUCCAGUUUCCUCUACCCUAGAGUCAAGGGAGAAGUAGAAGCUGAGUGUGCAGAUGUGGGGUUUGACAAGCUGUCUAUCUUCAGGCCAGGGGUUCUGAUGGUGGACCGUAAGGAGAGCAGGCCAGGGGAGUGGUUCGCACGUAAAGUGCUAGCCCCCCUCAAGUACAUCGCUCCCACCGUCAUGACCUGCCCCGUGGAAACUGUCGCCAAGGCGAUGGUCAACAUAGUGCUCUCACCCAGUGAGAAGCCAUCAGAGAUAUUUGAAAACAAAGCAGUGCAUCUAUUGGCUAAGGGGAAAUUAUGUUGAUAUCAACUUUGCUUGUGUCAAAAGCUCCUGUUUUGUAAUCGUUGUGUGUAUCAGUCUCCUUGUUUUUAGUGCAUUCUAAUCUAAUGAUUAUUUGAAAUUCAUGUCAAUAACCAGAGUGUAUGAUGCAGAAGAACUGAAUUUAAACAGGAAAAGGGAAUACUAUUGAUGAUACUCUACAUGUUCAGACAAUACUGUUCAUGAUAGAAAUAUGCAGUUUAGGGAACAAACUGAAGUGUUCUUUCGAAUUUCUACUAAUAUAACCUUUGUGGUGGAAAUUUUGUACUGAUUUUAUUGUAGUGAAAAAUGUCAACAUUGUUGAAAAUUAUAAUGAAUGCUGAUAGUUACAGGUGCAUGUUUGCUGCUUUAGGCUGUUAUGUUUGAAGUUAUUAUUUGAUGUCCUUUCUGUUUUGGUACAUUUGUGAAUUUCAAUAACAUUGUCAUUCCUUCCAGUUAUUGUGAUCAAUACUUCUCAUGCCCAGUGUCACAUGUUUUAAUCCAUAGAUUCAUCCAAUGAAGAUGAUUGGUAGAUGAUUAAGUCCAAUUACUAAGGUAAUAUCUACUAUGCAAUUGUGCUCAUCUUGUCACACUGUUGUCUUCUUGUAUCGCGUCAUCAUAGCCUUCCUUAUGUAUGGUGUUUGAUAGAUUUUAAACUACAUUUGUAGUUUUGUAUUUUUCAUGAUUUUAAAGAUGUGAGUUUUAUGAAAGGAUCUCAGGACAGUUUAUGGAAUGACCAAAUGAAAUAAUUUUAACUUGAUACUUGAUACUUCUUUGAAAAAGAACUUUUUUUAGUUUUUCAGUACCAAUUAGAAUUAGGCAUGCAACACACAUGCAUAACAACCUAAAAUGAGCCUGUCCUUGGUGCUGACUGCCAUCUGUUAUUAACAGACCUGUUCUACUGUAUAAAACAUAUCUAGUGACUCUAGACCCUGUAAAAAACAAUUGCUACAUUACCUUAUAUCAUCCUGGGCGUAACCCUGUCCUUGGUGCUGAAUGCUGCUGUGAACAGACCUGUGUAAAACUUUUCAAUUGCCUCCAGGUCCUGUAAAGAGAUUUGUAGCAUACGUUUAUAAUAGUCUGAUAACAUUUGGAUAACGCUUUAAAUUUAGAAUUAGUAUACAAGUCAUCAAAGAAGCAGAGAAAGCACCCAUUUAACCCUUGUCAUGAAGUGCAACUUAAAUCUGCAUAGUGCAUGUGAGAAAAUGUGAGAAAAAGUAUUGCGUUACAUCAACUUACAUGUAUCUUCCAGUUACAGUUAAGCAAUGUGUUUGAAAGUGUAGGAAAGCUUGAAUUAACUAUUGUAACUGUUACAUG